CCACUCUCGCACGCCCCGCCCCCGGAAGUGACGACAGCCCCGGGUCCGACCCGCGUCCCGUCGGGCCUCGCGGCGGUGGCGCGAAGAUGGCGGCGACUGGGGCCAUAGAACGGAGUUUUGCGGAGCUCCUGGGCUCUGAGCGCGAAAGGCCAAGACACAUUCGGGAGUUCACGGUGUGCAACAUCGGAACUGCGAAUAGCGUGGCGGUGAAGUACAGCGAGAGCGCGGGAGGCUUCUACUAUGUGGAGAGUGGCAAGCUGUUCUCCGUCACCAGAAACAGGUUCAUUCAUUGGAAGACCUCUGGAGAUACAUUGGAGCUUGUGGAAGAGUCACUGGACUUAAAUUUGCUGAAUAACGCAGUUCGCCUCAAGUUCCAAAAUUGCAGUCUCCUACCUGGAGGGGUUCAUAUCUGCGAGACUCAGCAUCAUGUCAUCUUUUUGAUAUUAACAAAUCUAACAGUGCACAGAUUACUUUUACCACACCCUGCCCGGAUGUAUAGGAGUGAAUUGGUAGCUGAAAGUCAGAUGCAGUCAAUAUUCACUGACAUAGGAAAAGUGGACUUCCAGGAUCCUUGCAACUAUCAGUUAAUUCCAGCAGUACCUGGACUCUUGCCUAAUUCUACCAGCUCAGCAGCCUGGCUUAGCAGUGAUGGGGGAGCUCUGUUUGCUUUGCCAUCUUCCUCUGGGGGGAUCUUUGUUCUUAAACUACCUCCUUAUGACAUACCUGGAAUCGUGUCUGUUGUGGAACUGAAGCAGAGUUCAGUGAUGCAGCGACUCCUUACGGGCUGGAUGCCAACAGCUAUCAGAGGUGAUCAGGGACCCUCGGAUCGUCCCCUCAGUCUUGCUGUGCAUUGUGUCGAGCACGAUGCCUUCAUCUUUGCUCUGUGUCAGGAUCAUAAGCUACGAAUGUGGUCUUACAAGGACCAAAUGUGCCUGAUGGUAGCUGACAUGCUAGAGUUUGUCCCUGUGAAUAAGGACCUCCGGCUAACAGCUGGGACUGGACACAAAUUACGGCUUGCAUAUUCCCCUUCCAUGGGCGUCUACCUAGGCAUAUACAUGCACGCACCGAAACGAGGACAGUUUUGCGUUUUCCAGUUGGUGGGCACUGAGAGUAACCGCUACAGUCUAGAUCACAUUUCCUCACUCUUUAUUUCUCAGGAGAUACUGAUUGACUUUGCCUUAACUGCUACGGACAUCUGGGCUCUAUGGCAUGAUGCUGAGAACCAAACAGUUGUGAAAUAUAUCAACUUUGAACAUAAUGUUGCAGGUCAGUGGAAUCCAGUUUUUAUACAGCCUCUGCCAGAUGAAGAAAUCAUUAUCCGAGAUGACCAAGACCCCAGGGAACUGUAUUUGCAGAAUCUUUUUACACCAGGACGAUUCACAAAUGCAGCUUUAUGUAAAGCUUUACAGAUUUUCUGCCGAGGAACUGAGAGAAACUUAGAUCUCUCCUGGACUGAACUAAAGAAAGAAGUUACUUUAGCUGUUGAAAGUGAGCUCCAAGGAAGUGUGACAGAAUAUGAAUUUUCCCAAGAAGAAUUUCGCAAUUUACAACAGGAAUUCUGGUGCAAGUUCUAUGCCUGUUGUCUUCAGUAUCAAGAAGCCCUCUCUCAACCUUUGGCCCUACAUUUGAAUCCUUAUACAAACAUGGUGUGCCUGUUGAAAAAAGGGUACCUGUCUUUCCUUGUGCCUUCCUCCUUAGUGGAUCAUCUGUAUCUCCUGUCUGAUGAGAACCUUCUGACAGAAGAUGAAAUAGCCAUAUCUGACGAUGUGGAUGUGGCUCGGGAUGUGGCAUGUCUUAUAAAAUGCCUUCGACAGAUUGAAGAGACAGUUACUAUGGAUAUGUCGAUAAUGAUGGAAAUAAGUUGUUAUACUCAACAGUCUCCAGAAAAGACUGCAGAACAGAUUCUGGAAGAUAUGAUCGCUAUUGAUGUAAAAACUGUGAUGGAGGAUAUUUGUAGUAAAAUACAAGAGAUUAGGAAUCCAAUCCAUGCCAUUGGACUUCUUUUACGGGAGCUGGAUUAUGAAACAGAAGUGGAAAUGGAAAAGGGAUUCAAUCCAGGUCAACCUCUGAAUGUUCGAAUGAAUCUUUCCCAGCUCUAUGGUAGUAGCACAGCAGGGUACAUUGUGUGCAGAGGUGUGUGUAAAAUUGCCAACACUCGCUUCCUCAUCUGCCGAGACCUUUUGAUCUUACAGCAGUUAAUAUUGAGACUAGGAGAUGCAGUGAUUGUAGGAGCUGGUCAGCUCUAUCAAGCUCAGCAAGACCUGCUACAUCGAACAGCUCUUCUGCUCCUGUCUUAUUACAGCAUUAAGUGGGCAAGUCAGUGCUUGGCAAUUGAUGUUCCAGUUGACACACUAGAGUCUAACCUCCAACACUUAUCAGUUCUAGAAUUAACGGACUCCGGUGCUUUGAUGGCAAAUAAACUUGUAUCUAGCCCUCAGACAAUUGUCGAACUAUUCUUCCAAGAAGUUGCAAGGAAGCACAUCGUAUGUCACCUUUUCUCGCAACCAAAGGCUCCUCUGAACCAGACUGGAUUGAACUGGCCUGAGAUGAUUACUGCAACUACCAAUUACUUACUGCAGCUUUUAUGGCCUGUCAAUCCUGGCUGUCUGUUUCUGGAAUGUUUGAUGGGAAACUGUCAGUAUGUGCAGCUGCAAGACUAUAUUCAACUGCUGCAUUCCUGGUGUCAAGUCAAUGUUGGUUCCUGUCGAUUUAUGCUGGGACGGUGUUACCUAGUUACGGGAGAGGGGCAGAAGGCUCUAGAAUGUUUUUGCCAGGCAGCCUCUGAAGUGGGCAAAGAGGAAUUCUUAGAUCGCUUGAUCCAUUCAGAGGAUGGGGAAGUUGUGUCUAGUCCCAAGAUGCAGUAUUACGAUAAGGUUUUGCGCCUGCUAGACGUUGUUGGCUUGCCCGAACUGGUUAUUCAGUUGGCUACAUCAGCAGUAACUGAAGCAGGUGAUGACUGGAAGAGUCAGGCUACUUUAAGGACUUGCGUUUUCAAACAUCACUUGGAUAUGGGUCACAACAGCCAAGCCUAUGAAGCUCUAACGCAAAUUCCUGAUUCAAGCAGGCAGUUAGACUGUUUGCGGCAGCUGGUAGUAGUUCUUUGUGAACGUUCACAGCUACAGGAUCUUGUAGAGUUUCCCUAUGUGAAUCUGCAAAACGAGGUUGUGGGAAUAAUUGAAUCCCGUGCGAGAGCCGUGGACCUUAUGACUCACAAUUAUUAUGAGCUUCUGUAUGCCUUUCACAUCUACCGCCACAAUUACCGAAAGGCCGGCACAGUGAUGUUUGAGUAUGGGAUGCGACUGGGCAGAGAGGUUCGAACUCUCCGGGGACUCGAGAAGCAAGGCAAUUGCUACCUGGCAGCUAUUAAUUGUUUACGACUCAUUCGUCCAGAGUACGCGUGGAUUGUGCAGCCAGCGUCUGGUGCAGUGUAUGAUCGCCCUGGAGCAUCUCCUAAGAGGAAUCAUGAUGGAGAAUGUACAGCUGCCCCAACAAAUCGGCAGAUUGAAAUCCUAGAACUUGGAGAUCUGGAGAAGGAGUGUUCCUUGGCUCGAAUUCGCCUCAUUCUGGCCCAGCAUGAUCCAUCAGCAGUCGCAGUUGCAGGCAGUUCAUCCGCAGAGGAGAUGGUUACUCUCUUGGUUCAAGCUGGCCUUUUUGACACUGCGUUAUCAUUGUGUCAGACUUUUAAGCUUCCGUUAACACCAGUCUUUGAGGGACUUGCUUUCAAAUGCAUUAAAUUGCAGUUUGGAGGAGAGGCAGCACAAGCAGAAGCUUGGGCCUGGCUUGCAGCCAAUCAGCUUUCGUCAGUCAUCACCACCAAGGAGUCCAGUGCUACAGAUGAAGCAUGGCGGUUAUUAUCAACUUACCUGGAAAGACACCAAGUCCAGAAUAACUUAUAUCACCACUGUGUGAUCAACAAGCUGUUGUCUCAUGGGGUGCCUCUGCCUAACUGGCUUAUAAACAAUUACAAGAGGGUAGAUGCCGCUGAAUUGCUCCGUCUAUACUUGAACUAUGACCUUUUAGAAGAAGCUGUAGAUUUGGUUGCAGAAUAUGUGGAUGCGGUAUUGGGCAAAGGACACCAGUACUUUGGAAUUGAGUUUCCACUUUCAGCAACAUCUCCAAUGGUGUGGCUCCCAUACUCUUCAAUUGAUCAGCUUCUCCAAGCUCUUGGAGAGAACACUGCCAACAGUCACAACAUUGCACUGUCCCAGAAAAUACUCGACAAAUUAGAGGACUACCAACAAAAAGUGGACAAGGCAACACGAGAUUUAUUGUAUCGAAGGAACUUGUGAUCCAGAUGGUUGCCUAGCCUUUGUAACCACCUGGUGCCUCUUGGGGCUUAAGACUCUACCCUCUGGGAACCCUGUACUCUAGGCCACUUGUUAUACUUGUAAAUGACGUGGACAACUGGAUAACGUUGAGGUCUUCGUUCCGCACAUGAGGAGGACAAAUCAGGAUCUGUGCUUGCUGGCGGUACUGACACAAUUUCCAGUUUUCAGCCUUGGUCUCGCAACAGGUGCUUUUGUAUGCAACUCACGGGCUCUUUUAGAGUUUCUAUUUUUUUAAACUACCAAAGACACAUUCUAUCUGCCAAUUAAAACCCACCUCCACUUUCAGAAAUUUAUGAUAGCUGUUGGGUUGUAGCUGGCCACCAAAAUAGUCACUACAAAUCCUUCCAUUCUUCCCUGUCCCUUUUUUGUACAUGAAUGGAAUUAUUUUGGUCCAAAACUGACACAUAUUUUCUGUACUGCAAACAGAGGCUAAUGAUUUCAUUAUUUAUUCUGGGGGUUUUUUAUGAUCUUCAAUAAAGUAUAAACUAAUUUGCCUAGAUUAAACCUAAAAUGAUGAUCAGAUAUCAAAAAAGGAUAUCGUGUUUUGAAUCUGGUUCUGAGGCUAAAUUUGAGAGAACUUUGAACUGAAAGAUAGUUGGAAAUCCCUAUCUGUGAAAGCAACCAAUUUGUUUCAAAGUAAAUUCUGUUUACUACUGUGAUUCAUGAUAAUCAAGCCGGACUUGAUCUAAUAAUGUGUUGGACCAAAACAGACUUUCAUGGUCAGAUUCAGAAGCACUGAUGCCCACAAAUCUGGGGGGGGAGGAGUAAAAAAAUAAAAUCUUAGACUUUAUUCUGUAUAUUAAAAUUUAUCUUUUAAGGAAAUAAUCAGUUUAUUACUUAUUUGUAUAUCCUCUUGCCUUCUGUUUUAUUCACAAAUGUUAAAUUUUUAUAGUCUCAGCACCAUAUUUACCUUGUAUAUUUUAGGGAACAAUGUUAGCUUCCCUGUGAAGCUGGUUGUGGUAAUUAUUGAGAAAAGUAGCUCUCCUUUCACUUUAGUUCUAUCAUGAUUAAGAUGAGUGAUGCGGGGGCCGAGUGGUGGUGCACCUGGCUGAGCACACAUGUUAUGAUGCUCAAGGACCCGAGUUCAAGCACCCCACUCUUCAUCUGUAGGGGGAAAGCUUUGCGAGUGAAGCAGGACUGCAGGUGUCUGUCUCUCUCCCUCUCUGUCACUACCUUCGGUUUCUCUGUGUCUAUAUCAAAUAAAUAAAGAUAAUUAAAAAAAAAAAAGUGAUGCAGGGGCUAGGUGGUGGUGCACCUGGUUGAGUGCAUGUGUUAUAAUACACAAGGACUCAGGUUCGAGCCCCUAGUCCCCACCUGUGGGGGAAAGCUUUGCAAAUGGUAAAGCAAUGCUGCAGGGCUGCAGGUGUCCCUUUCUCCCUCUCUAUCUCCACCUACCCUCUAGAUUUCUGUCUCUGUCCAAUAUAGAUUAUGUGAGGGCAGUAGAUAGCAUAAUGGUUAUGCAAAGAGACUGAUGCCUGAGGCUCCAAAGUCCCAAAUUCAACCCCCUGUACCACCAUAAGCCAGAGCUGAGCAGUGCCUCUGGUUAAAAAAAGGGGGGGUGGAGGGGGGUAGGUGGUAGCACAACGGGUUAAGCACAGAGGGCACGAAGCACAAGGACUAGCAGAAGUAUCUCGGUUCAAGACCCAAGCUCCCCACCUGCAGGGGGUGGUCACUUCACAAGUGAUGAAGCAGGUCUGCAGAUGCCUCUCUUUCCCCCUCUUUGUCUUCCCCUCUCUCAAUUUCUCUCUGCCCUAUCCAGCAAUGACAGCAAUAACUACAAUAACAAUAUACAAGGGCAGCAAAAAGGGAAAAAAGUAAAUAUAUCCUUUAGAAAGAUAUAUGUAUAAAACAACAAAGCUAACAAAAGUGAAUAAAUAUUUUUUAAAAGUUAUAUGUGUAUAAAAUAUAUUUUUUUAUUUAUAUAUAUUUUAAUUUUAGGAGGGGAAAAGGGAGGGAAAGAGACACCUUCAGCACUGCUUCACCACUCAUAAAACUUUCCCCCUGCAGGUGGGGACCAGAGCUUGAACCCUGGUCCUUGUGCACUAUAGUAUGUGCACUUAACCAGGUGCACCACUGCCUAGCCCUGAAUAUAUUUUUUUAAAAAAAGAUGAGUGAUGCAGUUAGAGACUUAGAGGCCUUGCCUGGCCAGCUCUAAACCCACGACUCCUAACUAUAGUAAAUACAUUUUGAGGGGCUAGGCGGUGGCGCACCUGGUUAAGUGCACACAUUACAGCACAAGUACCCAGGUUCAAGCCCCUUUUCCUCAGCUACAGAAGGAAAGCUUCACAAGUGGUGAAGCAGAGCUGCAGGUGUCUCCAUCUCUUUCCCUCUUAUCCCUCUCAAUGUCUCUAUCCGAUAAAUAGAACUUUAAAAAACCUCCAAAAUAGAUACUACCAUUUCUGUGUGACGUGGUGUUUACACCAGUGUCCUAAUAGUUUGAAAAAUAGCAGACCCUUUUGGCAUUUCUGUGGGACAAGAAGUAAGUUGAGAAUAGCCAUGUUUCAGAAGGUUAUCAGCAUUGCAGGUCAAAGCAGUAGUUUCCAUCAAGGCAGUUAAGGAGACGCCAUCUAGCUUUGUUUUCACAGUUUUUCCCUAGAACUUACUUACGCUGCAACCAACCAGCUCUUCUAUUCCUCUUUCUUCUACCUUCCUCAUUUUGACUCCCAACAUGAGCAGGAGGGGCCCAGAUUCUUUUAUGUGUCUUAACCACCUGGGGCCUAUGUGUGUAUAUAUAUAUAUAUAUUUUUUUUUUUUUUUUUUUUUUGGAUUAUGUUAUUUAUUGUUCUUGCCAGGACUUUGCUGCUCCAGACUACUGUAAAUAAAGACAGAGGGAGAGAAGGGAAGAUCAUAGCAAUGAAGUUUCCUCCAGUGUGGCCUCUAAGGAGGCCAGACCAGAACCUACGUAUAAAACAAGUACCCUCCCAGGUUUGCUCUCUCGCAGGCCCAGUGCUUUUUUUUUUUUUUUUUUUUUUUUUUUUUUUUUUUUUUUUUAACUAGGGCUCUGUUCAGCUCUGACUGGUAGUGGGUGUGGAGGAUAGGGGCAUUUGCUUUGGAUUGAACCUGGGACCACAAGCAUGCAAGUCUAUUCUCUGCUGAUAAUCGUUAAAGACAUUUGGCUACCUUUCCUCAUUCCUACACAGAACAAUCAACACUUUUACAAAUGGAGACUUUUUCCUUUAAGCUAAGAAAUGUACCUCACAAAAGAGUAACCUCUGACCCCAUUCAGAAUUUCUCUGGAGUGUCUUCCAAGAAUGAAUCACCCAAAAUGAUAGACUAAAAUAUUCCCACAGAGGACCUAGUGAGAGCUGUAUUGUUAUGUGGAAAACUGAGAAAUGUUAUGCAUGUACAAACUAUUGUAUUUACUGUCGAAUGUAAAACAUUAAUCCCCCAAUAAAGAAAUUAGAAAAAUAUUCCCUAUGUCAAAAAGGCUUACGUUGGGUUGGCAGGUUUUGGUAUCCUAUAUAGUAGAACUAAAACCGUCACCCAAAAUAUGCCGUUGGCUUAAGGGUUAAUUUCAUAAGAGACCCCUGAAGCCAAAAUGUAGAUUAGUUUUGAAAGAUUUGGAACAGUGGAGAGGGUGGGGCAUCAUAACCGUCCAGAGCUGCCUGUCUGACCCACAUCACUUGGGAGGUGGUGCAGGGGUUAAAGUGUUGGACUGUCAAGUGUGAGGUACUGAGUUUGACUCCCAGCACUAUAUGUGCUUUAGUAAUACUCUGGUUCUCUCAAUAAAGCAAUUUUCUUAAAAUUUA